UGUGCAUUCAUUAUAAUCAGUUUUCUUGCAAGACGCAUUGGAGUCAUCUAAGGAUAACUAUAAACAGAUUUCAUCGUCUUUAGAAACCCGAGGAGUUGUUCCCUACGUUAUUGAAGAAAACUCGGCUUUGGAAAAGCUAUAACACUAUCGUGUUGUGAAUUAGAACUUGUUUUUUUCUCUCUUCAUUUUGUACGGUAAGUGUCAAUUCAGAUUUUUAGUUUUUUUAGUAGUUCGAUUUGAUUUCGCCAAAUUAAAGUUCAUUAAUAAAAUGUAUUAUAUAUUGAUAUUAUCAUUGAAUUUACCCCUUAACGAGUAAAAUCGUCUGGAUGCAAACCGUGCAAUGGGCAGAUACUUAAAUACUUUGAUUAACCCAUGCAUUGAGCUAGCUGGCGCGCCCUACUAGCCUCUUGACGAGUAUACAAUCGUCUGGCAUUAAACAAAGACAUCGAUGCAGUACGUAAAAUAGUAAAGUAUAUAUUGCAACUUAAUCAAAUAUAAUUUAUUGCUGAAGAGAUUAUCGGAUCUACAUUAUCAGUUCUCCUGUCAAUUUAAAUCUCGGCAGGGUUCAGGGACUGGAUUUGGAAAAGUUUUCAGAACUAAGACUUAACUUAAGGCUGCUUUCCAGUUACGCCGUUCUUCAAACGUGCGUAUGUACACGCACGGAAAAGUUUAAAUCCAAUUAGAGUUUCUUGUGAAAUAACUGUAAUUGAAUAAAACCACAGCAUAAGACAGUAUAUAGGUCCUAUAUACCAGUCACAUUUGAGCGCGAUGUUACUCAAUGUCAUCAUACUACAACAGUCUUAGUUUCUAUGUCAAUAUAACAGUGACAUGCAGAGUUAUACCCCAAACUUACCUCAGUUUUUCCUAAAAGUAUCAGCACUUCUGAAUUGUUGACAGUGCAUCUGCUGCCCUGUUACGCCUCCAAGAGAGCCCAUUAAUAGUGUGAUUUCAUCAUUUUCAUUUUUUCCCACUUUCUAUAUAGAAACAAAUUAGAAUAUUCAUAUACAUAACAUGGACGGUGGAUCUUACCCGAUGCAAGACAAAUCUUGGCAAGUGCAGGGCGGCCAUAUGCCUUCGGCACCACCGAAUUACGUGGCGAAUGUACACCAACCAGCGGGAGGAAUUAUACAACCGCACGUGAUACCGUACAACAACGCGCAUGUCCAGCAGCCGAGUGGCCACACAGUUGUUGUCGUAGUAAGUACAAUAGACAAUUCCCAUUAUAGACUAAUUUUAAAACUAGGCAAGGAGAUGCAAAUAAAUCACCACAGCUAGAAAGAGCAUACUAAAAUGAGUAAAUUUAGUACCAUUUUCAAAUAAAGUACCAUUUUUGGCCCAAUUGUGGUAGCAAUUUCCGCAACUAGCACGGAAUACAAAAGUAUACAAAAUUUGCAAACUUUGCAAGGAUAUAUUUUCCGCAUUUCACAACAUUUCGCAGUUAAACAUUGCCAUUUUAUUCAUUUUAGUACGCUCUUUCUAGCUGUGGUGGUCAGGGACGUUGUGAAGACAUUAACAUUGGGGGGUGUCUUCAUGUUUUGACAAACUUUUCCUAGAAUUUUGACCAAGUAGUAGAAAUGUUUCCCGAAAAUGUUGUCGAUGGGACUAACACAAGCAAAGCUUCAAAUAUUUUUCGACCAAAAUAAGCAAGGCUGGCAAUUGUUUCCGCGCAAAUUAAACAUGACCAAAGAAAAUGAGUUAAAAUUGCGAACGAUUUCAUAACUUUGACCAUCUUUUAUCUCAAACUUUGAACAAAUUUUACUAACUUUGACCUUCAAUUAUAAGCAAAUAUUAGUUCCAUUUUGACCAACUUUGACCGUUUUGAAUUAUUGGGAGGUGUUACACCCCCCUCCCCCCCCCAACCCCUGUAGGGACGUAGGGACGUCCCUGGUGGUGGUUUAUUUGCAGAAUAUUGCAGUUAGUUUUUUCAAUUAAAAGGGCUGAAAUGCGCCUUAAAAACCAUCAAUCAAAAGCUUUUUGCGUUUCUCCAAAUUGGCGAAUACUAACCGUAACCAUGCACGAAAUGUUUUCUUCACAAAAUAAUUUAAAUUUAUGUUGCUUUGCAGCCCUCACACGCAAUAGCUGGAAAUUAUGUCAACGACUAUAUGGGUCUAUCAAUUUUCUCCUGUCUCUGUUGCUUUUGGCCUGUUGGAAUUGUCGCAAUUGUGCUGUCAUGCAUGGUAAGGUUAAUUGCGACACUAUAUAUGACGUCACAUUGUAUAAUGACUUUCUGAAAAAACUUCAAGAUCAUAUUGGAUAUCGUGCAUCGAAAAGAUAAAACUGUGCAUACCGUAUUUACUCGUUUGAGCGCCGCCCCCGAUUGAGCGCCGCCCCCGAUUGAGCGCCGCCCCCGAUUGAGCGCCGCCCCCGAUUGAGCGCCGCCCCCGAUUGAGCGCCGCCCCCGAUUGAGCGCCGCCCCGAAUGAGCGCCGCAUUUGAGAUCAAAUUUUUUUAAAGAGCGCCGCCCCCGAAUGAGCGCCGCACUAAACGGUGAAAAAACAUUCCACCGUCAAAAUGGGGACAUUUAGUGACAAAGACAUUUAAAACUUGUUUAUUUUAUUGUUAAAAGUUCUUCUUAUAAUUCACAAAUAAAAGUUUUUUAAAGAGCGCCGCCCCCGAUUGACCGCCGCCCCCGAAUGAGCGCCGCAUCUGAAGCUCUGAAAAUUUAAAGAGCGCCGCGGCGCUCAAACGAGUAAAUACGGUAUAUGUAUGUGCUAUCAUGUCAACAUACUACAAAUAUAUGUCAAAUGUUGACAAAUUUGAAUCAAUUAUCCAUGAGACAUAUAAAAGUUUCUUUCAGAAAGCCAUUGUAAGCAAUUUGUUGUCAUAGUGAGGAAAAUUUGCAUAUCCAUCGUUAAAUAUCUGACGAAAAGAAAGGCAAAGUGAUCAUCAAUUCUGAUCAAGGACAUAAUGGUCUAUAUAUAUAUAACAAUAAGUAGAUGUUUAUACAGCCAAUUCAAAAAAGGUUGUACUUUGAAAACCGACUACAAGUUUCAAGCUUAUAGUAGUUGAAUAUUGCAGCUAUUGUUCUCGUAAGGAGAUAUUUACCGUGUCUCUAUUAGAAAUGGGUCCCAUAUAUGAUUUCUAAACUGAUUAAAUGUUGCUCCCAUUAUGCUUUGCGCGCUUAGAGCUUAAGGUUUAAGGUUUAGAGUUUGACUAGGUUUUUCAAACGACAACUUUUUUUGAAUUAGCUAUAUAUGUUCAAAAAUGUUAUCAAACAAUUUUUUUGUUGUUGAAUAAUACAUGCAUGCGAAGUACAAUUUUCGUAUCUCCUCCACAAUUUAAAACGAUUUUUCUGUUAUCAAGGUUGGUUCGAGCAGACGUGAGGGUGAUUUAGAAGGAGCAAAGAAUUUUUCAAAAUGGGCAAAGUAUUUGUCAAUUGCUGCAAUCAUAUUAGGUGUAAUAACCAUUGUUAGUGUUAUUAUAAUUCGUUCAGUCGUAAACUCAAAUAGCAGUGGUAAAAAUUAACAUUUAUGCAACAAGGGGAAAAUAUUUGUCUAUCGCAACAUGGUGUAAUAACUAUUGUUAGUUAUAAAAUAUAUAUUUUGCGCAUGCGUGCAGCCAUAGCCUCAAAUAGUAUAGAUUAACUAAAGACGAAUUUGUCCAUAGUUUCGCAAUUAUAUUUAUUAUAUGUGUACAUAUAAUGUAAUAAAUAUUGUCGCAGUAAAAUCCUGCACAUAACAACCUAAAGUAGAAAAUAUGUAAGUGUAUAUAAGUGUAUACUUGCACACGAUUUGUAUAGAGUGAAGACAUUGGAUUCAUGAAUACAAAUGAAUUAUGAAUAUAAAUUACGAUAUGUUUCAAUUCAAAAAAGUUCGAAAGAUGCAAAAUUUUGGCAAUGUUUAUAUCUGUGGGUCCCCUUUGUUAUGAGCAGAACUGAUGCGCAGAAUGGACUUUACUGCAUCUUUAAUAAUCAGAUCAAAUACGUAUAGGAAUCUAUUCACCCUGCAGGCUGGGGAAAUAUUUCCUACAUGUGUAUAAUUUAAUUUAUUUUAUCUGCAUGAUCAACAGUGUAAUAGCUAUAUAGGGUCAGAUCGGCUUGGCUACAGGGUGGACCUUUGGUCCAAUGCAAUGGUCUGGGUCAACUCUCUGUAAAUAAAUUAAUUACUAACUGUUAUAAUAUAAUCUAUACUCUUUAAUUAAAGUUUGAAGUUUGAUUUUUUCACGAAUUUAAUUAAAUAAACACCUCACUUUCACUUCCACUAUAAUUUAUUCUAUAUAGUGAUAUAUGAAAUCCCUACAUGGUUUACACUCACGACCCAACUUUUCAACAUAUAUGCUGAAAUAAAUAACUCAUUAGACAUUACGAUUCCAAAGUUUACUACAAAGCCAAAUGACGCUUAUAAUCUUGUGAAUCAGAUUAUAUAUGCCUUUGAAUGACAUGCAUUUGGGUACUUAAUCAUUUUAGUGUAGGUAUUACUGCCCCUCCCCCUCCCCCAAGGGUGAAAACAAAUCCUGCGUACAGCACUGAUAUCUUGUCAAUGAAGCUAGCGCAAUCAUGCGAAGCUAGCGCAAUCAAUUUAUUCUUUUAAAAACUGCCUGAAAGAUUCAUGCUAACAUCUUCUAAUAUACUGUAUAUGCAUGCUUUAGAAAUAUGGGUCACACCGUUUGGAACUUAAUUCUUGUA